GUAUCAGUAAUACAUAUGGCAAGGUCAUAAAGGUUUGGACAUUUGCAUGUCAUUCAGUUAUAAAUACGCCGCCGUGCACUUCGCAAUAUUUAACAUUGUAACUACGAAUUAUCAUGAAUAUUGGCUGUUUGAUUUUUGCUGGAGUGCUGUUAACCACAGAGUUAUCUGAAAGCCUGGAAUGCUUCAACUGUCAAAACAUAGGUGAUCAACAUUCGUGUACUAACACAAGUCAAUGCUCAAAUGGCCAGAUUGUUUCAUUCCACCAGUCCUGCUUUUCGCAAACAGUCCACGUGGGCAGCUAUGAACGCUACAACAUGGGGUGCCAAAACAAUCAGCUUUGCAGCUCAUCUGGUGUAAACACAUUCGGAAUCAUCGGUCGUUCCAUCCAGACAAUGCAGCAUUAUGCCUGCCACGAGUGUUGCAGUACGAGCGGUUGUAAUGACCAAUACUGUGCUCACAGAAAGCAUGGCGGCUGGUCUAGUUGGGUCCAAUGGGAGAGCUGGACUAGUUGGGAACCAUGGCAGAGCUGGACUACUUGGCAACCAUGGCAGAGCUGUUCAGCCAAAUGUGAUGCUGCCACACAGGACAUCUACCGACCCGAUUCCUUUCGCUUACGGCAAGGCAUGUAAGGGAAACACAGAGGCGUUUGCUGUCUGUGUAAACGGACCAUGUUAGUUUGCGGCGUUAAGUGGAAUCGUUUACUUAUAAUAGAAGAGGCUGUCGACAAUGCAAUGACCGAAGCUUAAGUGAAGCACUGUGUUUACAUUUCAUUCGUAGUAUAUUUAAUAUAGAAUUGAAUGUAUAUCUUACUAAUAUUGAUUAUAUACGGAUUUUAACUGUAUUUGUAAUUGUAUGUAUGAAAGUAACAUUAAACGUCCAUGUAUGAAA